AUGGCUGAUAUUAAUGAAAAAAAUGAACAUAAUCAUCCACAUUCAAAUGAAAAUGCACAUGUGCCAUUAACUCCAAACGAAGACGAAACCGAACGAUCGAGUGACCGGUCUCAUUUAAAUUCAGAUGACCAAUCUGAAAAUCCGCAUGAAUCAUCAGAACAUGAUAAAAUAAAUGAAAAUAAUUCGGAUCAACCAGUUGCAAAUCAGUCCAAUAUGACAGAUGAAGAGGGCAGACACGAACAUGCAACAACUGUUGAAGAUACACACAUGGAUCAAUCAAGAUCGAAAACUUCAUCUAAUGAAAAGCAACAUAGUAAUUCUACUAAUCCAGUAAACAACAAUAACGACGAUCACACUAUGGAUACUGAUGAUAUCACCAAAGAUGAUUUAAAUCAAUCAUCUGAAUUGUUCACAGAUAACACAAUGGAACCAGACACCCAUGACGAUAAAAAUGACCAAACAGAUUCACAAGAAAAUACCUCAGUUAGUGAUCUAAAUAGUCCAGCUGGCGACGACUAUCAGAAAGAGACAAUUCCUCCAACCGGCAAUUCAAAUGAGAACUAUGAGACAAAUCCUUCCACAUCAUCUGGAAAACGUAACUCAAACAGUGAUAUUCAACUAGACGAAGAUCCAGAGAUCGGUGAAUCACAAGAAGGUUUAGAAAUCCAUAAACCAGAAGAGGGUUCAAAUACCGAUAUGCAGGAGAAGCCUACUACUCCUAGUGUUCUAUCCAGUUCCGUUCAUGCCGAUAUAAGAUGGCUGAAUCCACAAUAUCAUGAGAAUGAUUUAAUUAAAAAACCCGCUGAACUUGAAAAUGAUAUGAACGUACCAUCUGGCCCAAUCGAUAAGGAUAUCUUAAAUCGUGUUCAAGGUUCUAUGAUAGGUAUGGCAUUAGGUGAUGCACUUGGUGCUCAUGUAGAAUUUCGACCUCAUCAAUAUUUGGUUCAGCAUCCAGUAACUAAACUUGAAUCAGGAGGAACUUGGGGACUUUCAAAAGGACAGUUUACCGAUGAUACUUCUAUGGCGCUUUGCUUGGCAAAUUCAUUAAUAGCUAAUCGCGAUUAUAAUCCUUACGAUCAAUUGGUUCGGUAUAAAUGGUGGUAUAAACACGGAUAUAUGUCAUCGACAGGGCAGUGUUUUGAUAUUGGAGCAGCUACUAGACAAUCGGUACUCGAAUUUGAACAGCGUCAAAAACAAUAUGCCAAGUCUCACAACAUUCCACCCACUCAAAUAGAUUAUCUACCUUACUCUGAACUUAAAAAGGAGUUUGAUGUUUAUUGCAGUGAAGAAGAAGUAGCAGGAAAUGGAGCUCUUAUGCGUCUCGCACCUGUGCCACUCUUUUUCUAUAGGCAUCCCGAAGCAGCUGUUGAAUAUUCCGGUCAAAGCGGACAAAUUACUCAUGGAGAUCAGAAGGCCUAUGACUCAUGCCGUUAUUAUGGUGCUUUAAUUGUUGCUGCUCUCCAAGGUUACUCAAAAGAUAAGUUACUCGACAAUGAAUUUUAUUCAAAACAUAAAACAUGGUUUGGUAACAAUGAACUUCAUCCUGAUAUAAAAUCGAUUGCUGAAGGAUCAUAUAAACGUAAAAAUGGUUAUGAUGAUGGUAUUCGAGGAAAGGGUUAUAUUGUCGCUGCUCU